AUGAUAAGCAACGCGCUGCUCAUCGAGCGCAUAUCUGCUUUUGUAGCCAAACAUAUGGCAGGUCACGACCCUUCACACAACGUCCGCCAUGUCUCCCGCGUAGUCAGGCUCGCCCAGACAAUCCUCGAAGAAGAAAAGACUCGCAACCCAUCUAUUACAUAUGACGAAACGGUGGUCACUCUCGCAGCCUGGAUGCACGAUAUAGCUGAUAGGAAAUACCUUCCCAAACCAACGGACGGAGCCUCAAAGAUUAACCCCAACACCAUCAUUUACGAUACCCUGAUAUCCCACCAUGCAGACCAAAGCAUAGCGCAGAAAGUUCAGACCAUAGUUUCAAACGUCUCCUACUCGACUGAGAUAAAAGACCCUAGUGCCGUUCAGCGUCUGAUCAGUCCUGAAGGCGGGUAUCCCGAACUCGCCAUCGUGCAGGAUGCAGACCGUCUAGACGCAAUUGGCGCAGUGGGAAUAGCACGGUGUUUCACCUUUUUUGGAGCCAGGUCUAAGAGUACCGGCAAGGAAGGUGACAAGGAGCCUGACUUGGACGAUGCGAUUGAGCAUUUUAAUGAUAAGUUGGUGAAGUUAGAAGGGAUGAUGAAAACAGUUACUGGACGGGAGAUGGCGAGGGAGCGGGCAUUUAGGAUCGAGGAGUUUCAGCGCUGGUGGGCUGACGAGACCAACGGGGUUUGA